CUUCUUGCAGACAGAACUGCUAGAUCUCUCCAAUGUUGAUGUGAUUUUGAUCUCUAACUAUCAUUGUAUGAUGGCAUUACCAUACAUCACUGAACACACUGGAUUUACUGGAAUGGUGUAUGCUACAGAACCAACUGUGCAGAUUGGCAGACUUCUAAUGGAGGAACUCGUGACCUUUAUUGAACGUGUCCCAAAAGCACAGUCUGCUUUCUACUGGAAAAACAAGGAGUUACAGAGAUUACUACCAACCCCCUUAAAAGAUGCAGUGGAAUUGUCAACAUGGAGGCGAUGUUACACCAUGCAAGAAGUCAAUUCUGCCCUCAGCAAGAUCCAGUUGGUGGGCUUCUCUCAAAAAAUUGAGCUGUUUGGAGCAGUCCAGAUCUCUCCGCUCAGUUCUGGAUAUUCUCUUGGAAGUUGCAACUGGAUUAUACAAUCACAUUAUGAGAAAGUGGCAUAUGUGUCUGGAUCAUCACUGUUGACUACACAUCCACAGCCAAUGGAUCAGUCAUCUCUGAAGAGCAGUGAUGUUUUGAUCCUGACGGGACUAACACAGAUUCCUACAGCUAAUCCAGAUGGCAUGCUUGGGGAAUUUUGCAGCAACCUUGCUAUGACUGUGCGCAGUGGGGGCAAUGUCUUGGUUCCUUGUUACCCUUCUGGAGUGAUAUAUGACCUUUUGGAGUGUCUUUAUCAGUAUAUCGACUCUGCAGGCCUUUCCAAUAUUCCCUUCUAUUUUAUUUCACCUGUGGCCAACAGCUCACUUGAGUUCUCACAGAUAUUUGCAGAAUGGUUAUGUCAUAAUAAGCAGUCAAAAGUCUAUCUUCCAGAACCUCCCUUUCCUCAUGCAGAGCUCAUUCAAACCAACAAGUUGAAGCAUUACCCUAGUAUUCAUGGCGAUUUCAGUAAUGAUUUUAAACAGCCUUGUGUUGUCUUCACUGGGCAUCCUUCACUAAGAUUUGGCGAUGUCGUACAUUUCAUGGAACUGUGGGGAAAGUCCAGCCUUAACACAGUCAUUUUCACAGAGCCAGACUUCUCUUACCUGGACGCAUUAGCUCCAUACCAACCUCUUGCUAUGAAAUGCAUCUACUGCCCAAUUGACACCAGACUGAACUUCAUACAGGUCUCCAAAUUACUCAAGGAAGUACAGCCGCUUCAUGUGGUGUGUCCAGAACAGUACACCCAGCCCCCAUCUACACAGUCGCACCGCACAGACCUAAUGAUAGACUGUCAGCCACCACCUAUGGCCUACCGGCGUGCAGAAGUGCUAACCCUUCCUUUCAGGCGGCGCUAUGAGAAGAUAGAACUUACACCUGAACUGGCUGAUUUACUUGUCCCUUCAGAAGUUAAAACUGGCAUUUCGGUGUCGACUGUGUCAGGUGUACUGCGUACAAAAGACAACAAGCAUGUUCUACAGCUACCUCCAAAACCUGUGCCACCUCCUGCUACCAAGAAAAGGAAAAGAGUAAAUGAAGAGAUUCCAGAGCAAAAUCCUCCAAAACCCUUGCUUAGCGGCGCAAUGCCUCUCGACCAGUUUGUCCAGUCAUUGGAGAAGCAUGGAAUCACUGAUGUUAAAGUUGAGGACACUCCAGAGGGACAUAUUGUCCACCUGCAGGCAGAAGACACACUUAUUCAGCUUGAAGAAGAUUCCACACACAUCAUCUGUGACAAUGAAGUGCUUCGGACACAGCUGAAGGACCUGGUUCUGAAGUUCUUCCAAAAACUUUAAUGAAAUUACAAAGAAGCUGCAGAUGUGCAGGUGGCUGGAAACUUAACACUCUUGGGAAAUGAAAGAGUGAAAUAAGUGAUGCUGCCAAAAUAUGACUGUUAGAAAUGACUAUGUGUAUUUGUACAAUGGAGAGAGUUCUACAUGAAAUUACAAAAGCAGAACUGAAAUUCAGUUUUAAUGUUCUUUUCACCGUUAAUACAUUUGCAAGAAUUGACAACUUUUUAACAAUCUCACUUUUUUAAAUAAAGAGAGCACUCUGACUUUUAGAA